CUUGCGCGCGGGGGGAGUUUAGUGACGGUUUGCUUUGCUGAAUUCAGGGACGCAUUUUAGAGACGUGUAAAUGAAAUGCGGAAAAAUAAAUCAAGGGAAUGGUCAAUUAAAUUAUGUCGUAUUAUUAAAUUAUAUGAUGAAUAAUGAAGGAAGAAAAGCUGAAAUGCAGUGAGGAGUUUGUUUACAGUGACAGUAUGCGUAACUAGGCAACAACGCUCUCUUCCGGUGCAUGACGUGUUAGCUAGUUAGUCCCGGUUCUUGCAUACUCUUGUGCUAAACACGCAAAAGCGCCCUUUCGCACCGUAAACGUAGGUGAAGUGAGACGCUGCGUGUUGUUUUCCUCGCCAGCAUUCCGCUAGGUCCCGCCCCUCCUGCGCGGGGAUUGGCUAGUGGCACGGGUUGACAUGGUGAUCGCCCUGUUGGCUGUGUGAGUCACUAACCAAUCAGAUUGCAGGGAGCGAGAGCGGUCGGAAUGCGGAUGGGGAAAAAUGAGCUCGAGGCUCGAUACCAAAAUAGACGCUUUCCGGAGGUUUAAACUCAGUGAUCCGACAGUUUCUUUGCUUGUAUUUUGAUAGAUUGAUCCAUAACGGAGAUGUUAGACUACAUUUAAAAAAGUUAAUGACUUUUAACGGGACUUGGGAGUUAAACAUGAAGCCGCUCGGUGUGUGGUGUGUUUGUGCUCUGCUGCUGUGCUGCUGGUGCUCUUCCUCAGCCGCGCGUGCCGUAUUUCCUGCCCCACAGAAUGUCACCAUUCAGACGCUCAACAUGAAUUAUGUGCUGAAGUGGGAUUGGGAUCCGGAUCAGGCACGAGACAGCGCGCACAGCGUUACUUUCACUGCGCAGUAUCUGGCGAUGUUUAAGACGAAAAAGCCCAAGAACAAGCAGGACUGGAAGUCAGUGUGCGAGUCAACGCCUGAACACGUCUGCGAUUUUUCCUCAGUGCAGCUGCAUUAUCUCGGCAUGUGGAUGCUGCGUGUGAGGGCUCAAAGUGGCAAAAACGUUUCAUCCUGGGUCAUGAAGGAGUUCUGUCCCGACAGAGAUGCUGUCAUCGGGCCGCCCUCUGCAGUGAACAUCACCCCUGUUAUUGGCCUGCUGCAGGUUGCCAUCUCUGACCCUCUGACCAUCACCAAUGGCUCCAUGAAGGAAUGGCUACCCAAUAUGUACUACUUCAUACAGUACUGCAAAAAGAGCUCAUCAGCACAGCCUAAUAAUCUAACAAGUGCCAAUAAUCUGGUGGUUCUGCCUGAGCUGGAGAGCUGGACAUGGUACUGUGUGCGAGUGCAGUCCAGGGAUGACUAUUACAAGAAGACCAGUGUUUUCAGUCCCACCUACUGCACACAGACAGACGGUCAAACCCCAUCCUGGCAGAUUGUUCUGUACUUCCUGUUGUCGCUGGCGCUGAGUUUCCUGGUGCUGGUGGGGCUCUUCAUGUGCACCUUCAGAGUGGUGAAGGUAGUCAAGAGCACCUUCUUCCCCUCGGUCCCGCUGCCUGCACCCAUCCAGGAGUACCUGUGUGACUCGGGCAGCUCAGACACGCCACGCUUGUUGAGCACUGAGCAGGAGCUGGAGAACUGCUGUGACACGCUGGAUCUUCUGACCCCAGAUCCUGAGGUCACUGAGGUCACCGAGGUCAUCUUGGAGGUUCACCUGCCACCUGAGAGCUCGCAGCAAAGUGGCAGGACACGCAGCCGACACAGCAGCUGCGAUUCCGGUGUUUAUUCCACAGAGGGCUCAGGCCCUAGGCAGAGCGAGCUCGGAGAAAUGAAGAUGGAAAAACUGGGAAGAAAGAUACGAGUUGAGGAGCUGGACGAAGGAGUUCAAGACGUGAGCGUCUGAUUUGUCCAAAACGAGAACGGCCUCGAGCUGGCUUUCAUGUUCGGUUUGUGCCGCAAUCUCUUCCCCACCUGCUUCCUGCUGAGACAUAAAAAGACUCGCAAACAAACUCCCUGUUACAAGGGAGGGUUAGAAUGAGCUGAUCUCUCCGCAAGUCUGUGGCGUAAGAGCAGUUACUGCAAACUUUUUCAUAUCAAGUUAUAAGAAAAGACACAUAUGCCAUCCAUCCUUAACUUUUCAUACCGGUUUAAAAGACUGUCACCUUAACACGUUACAUUUUCUUCCAGCAAUUACUUCUAUUACUCUACAACACAUUACUAAUGAACAAAUAGACGAAGUAGAUGGCACAAAAGGCAGAAAAAUGGCAUUAAAAAUCAAAAAUGUUGAUUAAAAUUAAAAAUUUGUAAUGUGAAGGACAGAACUAUUUGUUGCUUAUAAACAAUUAAAUCUGUUGAGCCAUGAUGUCAAGAACUGUCUGUUCUGAAAAUGCUCUCUUACUGUCUAAAAUAUAUAGACUUUAAGAACAUUUAACUUUUGAAUGAAAAUUAUGUGAUACCUUUAUGUUUCUCAGGUUCUUGUGUAUUUGUAGCUGGGUUUAGUCAUUGUGCUUGACAAUUGUUAAGGCUCAUUUUAAUAUGAUUCUUAUAGAAUCUGAUGUUAUUAACAUCAUAGAUUACUUUAUUCACUUGCUUUUCUUUCCUUCUGUUUCAAAGGUCAUCUAAAAGCACCAUAAGGCACUGACUCUGUUUUCUCUCAAACUAACUUGUACACUUGUGACAACUUGUACACAUAUAUACCUUUUAAAACAUGUUUUACUGUGUGGAUUAUUGAAAGCUGUCAGAACUGACUGGGUCCAUUUUUUCUCCUGCAUAGUAAGACAGUAUAAUCAAUAAAUACAUUUUUCCUGCAA